GCUUCUAAAUAUUCGUUUGUUCAACACGAGGACAUGCGUAGUUGUCAAAAUUUGCAUAUUUGGUUAUGAUAUUUACGACUGCUGCGAACAAUUCGAGAACACAAUUUUUCUUACAAUUUAUAAAUUUGUGUUUAUGUAUGAAGGUGUGAAUAGCGGAUCCGGAAAAUAAUUUUUGCGCAAGAUGGUGUUAAACGAUUGCUCGGAUCCAGAGAAAGUUGGAUGCGGUUUUAGCGCUUUCAGGGAGAUAGACGAGGUGAUCGCGCUGAUGACGGAAUUGAGGAAGUCGGAUUUACCACCGAGUCUCGUCGAGCGAAAUAGAGAUCGCUUCAAUUUCAUUCUGUCCCAGUACCAAGAUCAGCAUCAGCUGUUGGAUCCUUACCUCGAGAGAAUUCUCAGUUCCCUACUGUCAAUUAUCAAAGACAAUGAUUGUGCGGAGAGCAUCAAGCAUAAUACGUUUAAAUACUUAUUCAUCAUCAUGUCUGUGAAAACGUAUAAAAAAAUUGUGACUUACCUUCCGCACGAGGUAGUGGAUUUGUUACCUGUAUUAAGGAUGCUUGAAAAACAAGAUCCAAAUGAUGUAGAGACAUGGGAAACCAGAUAUGUUCUGCUCGUGUGGUUAUCUAUCAUUUCCAAGAUACCAUUUCCCCUUUGUCGCUUAGAGACCUCUGAGAAUAUAGAUCCAGAGCAAACUAUUAUUGUCAGAAUUUUAAGAUUAUGUAAACUGUAUUGUUUAUCGAAAGAUGCAUGUGCUGUAGCAGCUGUGUUUUUAAUAGCAAAUUUGACAAGAUCAGAUGUCAAGAAAUUAUACUUGGAAGAGAUGAUGAUGUGGUGUUUAAAGUGUAUAGAAAAUGAUCCUUUGAGACAUGGGCCUCUAGCUGUAAUAGCUUCUAUAUUAAAACAUAGUGCCAGGGAAGAUGUCAAGCCAUACAGUCAAAUGCUUCUUGAUAAUAUGUUGAAACUUCGGUUAAGUGACAAUCCAGCAGAUCUUAUUAGAAAGUUUGGAACAAAAGUUGUUCAGCGUAUAGGUUUGGUAUUAUUGAAAACAAAAGUAGCAUCCUGGCGCUAUCAAAAAAUGAGUCGGCCAAUAAGCAUUAUGCCUAAUGUUCAAAUAAAUAAUAUUGAUAAUAUUGAUAGUAUCAUUGAUAUUAACAAAACUAUUUCAAAUGAUAAUGAAGAUCAAGAAAUUCCAGUCAUUGAAGACAUAAUAGAGCAACUUAUACAAAGUCUUCGAGAUAAAGCAAUUACUAUAAGAUGGUCUGCGGCAAAAGGAAUUGGCAGGAUAACAGCAAGAUUGCCAGUAGACUUAGCUGAUGAUGUAUUGGGAUUUGUGUUGAACCUGUUUUCCGGACGUGAAUCAGAUUCCGCAUGGCACGGUGGUUGUUUAGCACUCGCAGAACUUGGAAGACGUGGCCUAUUGCUACCUCAUCGUUUGAGCGACGUUAUUCCUGUGGUUUUGCAAGCCUUAGUCUUUGAUGAACCUAGAGCUUAUGGAUCCAUCGGAUAUUUGAUUAGAGACGCUGCUUGUUACAUAUGCUGGUCUUUCCCGAGAGCCUAUGAUCCGCACAUUUUCGAGCCUUAUGUUAAAGAAAUCGCAGCAAUGUUAUUAGUGGUGACAUGCUUUGAUAGAGAGAUAAAUUGUAGAAGGGCAGCAUCCGCCGCAUUUCAAGAAAAUGUUGGCAGGCAGGGCAACUUUCCACACGGUAUAGAUAUAUUGACUAUCGCCGAUUAUUUUGAAGUUGGUGUACGGAGUCAUGCGUAUCUCAAGAUCAGUGUCCAAAUCGCGCAGUACGAAGAAUAUACGAAGCCUUUGAUAGAUCAUCUAGUUGCGAAAAAAGUUACGCAUUGGGAUACUGCAAUUAGAGAACUUUCAGCAAGAUCGCUUUUCAACCUGACAGCAGCUGAUCCACAUUACAUGAUAAACACAGUACUACCGACUUUGUUGGAUAUGUUAAAUUCUAUCGAUUUAAAUGUUAGGCAUGGUGCAAUAUUAGCCACUGCAGAAAUUCUUGAAGCUUUAUACUUAUAUCAUUUCAAUGAUAAAAUUGAAAAUAUUAUUGGAGCCACAGCUGUAGCUGAUAUAUAUGAUGUAGCAAGAACUUUCAGAAGUAGAGGACAAUUUAAAGGGCUUGGCGGAGAAUUGAUGAAACAAGCUUGUACUGUGCUAAUUAAAAAAUGCUCCAUUGUUCACUUUCCAAUUCAUUUCACAGAUGUUGUGGAUGAUUGGCAGAAACUAUUGGAAGAAUGCUUGAGUCACGAAGUAUCGGCUGUUAAAUUAAAAGCAGCUGAAGCACACACAAAUUUUUUGUAGAAUAUAUAUAUAGAUAUCGAUUAUGAUGUUCGAAGUGCUGUGAUUAAUCGUUACUUAGAAUCUCUGCGAUCGAGUAAUCAGUCUAUUAGAAUAGGAUUUGCACAGGCGAUAGGCCAUUUUCCACUAUUUGUAAUUCGUGAAAGAGUGAAAGACAUAAUAGAGGCAUUAAUCACAUGCAUUCACAUAUCUGAAAGUACGCUGAAAUGGGCAGAGAGCAGGAAAGAAGCUUUGCAUUCUCUAACAAUGAUAUUACAGACAUUAGGAAUUGAUGAAGCAGACAAGUGGCGAUUGUUUGUACCAGAUCUGUAUGAUUGUUAUCUGUUGGCCCUUAAGGAAUAUACAAUAGAUAGUCGUGGGGAUAUAGGUGCUUGGGUACGAGAAGCAGCUAUGAUUGGAUUACAUGUACUAACAAACUUAGUAUCGCAAGCAAAACUAUCGUCUAUCUUGAAUGAGAAUUUGAUGGCUAGUAUUAUUGGUGGUGUCGCACAACAGGCUGUUGAAAGGAUAGAUGGAAUUCGAGCUCAAGCUGGUACUGUAUUUAGCGCGCUUAUACACAGUGAUCCACCUCUUCCGAAUAUUCCGUAUCACGACGAGUUAAAAGCUAUAUUUCCCUAUAACGAAUGUAAGGAAACCAUCGAAUGGAGAAUGGAAUCUGCGACAUUUCCACGAUUUAUUAAGAUGUUAAGCUUUCCGCCGUAUAAAAUAAAUCUGCUGCGGGGAGUUAUAUUUAGUGUCGGCGGUAUAAGCGAAUCAUUGGUAAAAUACUCAAGCGUUUCUUUGUUUACUUAUCUACAAGAGAUUGAUGAGACUGGUUUAAAAGAUCUAUGCGAGAAGAUAUUAAACAUAUUUGAGGAAAGUCAUAAAAACGAAAGGAUGAUAAUAUCGAUGUUUGCAUUCUUGGAUCGUUUAUUGAGCUCGGGUUGCAUUCAAUCUAUCUUGGAUGAUGCAAAUAAUACAAUCUCAGAACGUAUAUUAGUAUUAUUGAAGAACGAAAUAAAAUAUUCUGGCAAUAUGAAACUGCUUAUUAGUAGUAUAAAUGUUUUCUGUCAGUUACUACAGGUACGAGGUCCUGUUGCGGAAAGAGCAUUUUGUCAAUUAAGUAUAUUUUUGUGUCACAAAUACACAAGCUUGAGAAAGACAACAGCUAUACGUACUUAUGAAGCAUUAACUCUUUAUGGAGAGGAAAUAGAUAUAGCAGAAGAAGAUUUGACAAAUAUACUCGCAACGUUGAACGCGACAGAUUGGGAACAACCAGUUGCAGAUUUACGUCCAAUCAGAAAUCAUUUGUGUGAGUUAAUGAAAGUACCUGCUCCAGUUUUGCAAAUAAAGUCAACAAAUUAAGAAAGACUAUUUAAAUAUAUAAAAAAAUCUUAA